GGCAAUAAGCAAUGCCCAGCUGAGAGAGUAUAACAAUGCGAAAAGGAUAAUCGGGACAAUUCUGCGAAACUCUGGCCUCUGAAAUACAGAAAAUCGGACACAAGAAGAAAAGACAUGAACAAUCAUGUGUAUUAGGGGAUUUAGCUAAGGUUUUUUCAUUGAAUUCGCGUGUGAUCAAGGUCGAUUGCGGAAGAACAACGUGUUUUGCGAGCCGAAAGUGACCCUUUGUCUCCGAAACAAUGUCUGUGCGAACUGCAGAUGAAUCGUUGACCGAGCUGAUCACCUCUCAAGACCUUCAGGACCUGCAGAGCUGCUUCGAGGAGAGCAGCCUCAACUUUGAGCGUGUGUUCGAGCAGCUGCCACCCGUGAACACUGACAAGGACUCGUCCCCAGGAUUCGAGCGGACUGACAGCUUGAAUUUGGAUGAAAUCCAUAUGCGAAUCCAGUCGCAGGAGCUGUCCGAGGAACCUUCACAUGCCACAAUCACCAUCGAGACCACCGACCCAGACACUAAGGAGAGUGAUAUCAAAAGAUUCCUCUGCACAUAUGAAGGCUGUGACCGAACAUACAGCACCGCCGGCAACCUCAGGACCCACAUGAAAAGGCAUUUAGGUGAAUAUCGAUUUGUUUGCUCAGAGCCGAACUGCGGGAAAGCAUUUUUGACUUCCUACAGUUUAAGAAUUCACAUCAGAGUGCACACAAAAGUGAAACCGUUUGAGUGCAAGUUUGCCGACUGUGAAAAGGCUUUCAACACCCUCUACAGACUGCGCGCACACCAGCGACUCCACAAUGGCAAUACCUUCAACUGCAAGCAAAAGGGCUGCUUGAAAUACUUCACGACCUACAGCGACCUCAAGAAACAUGUCCGAACCCACACCAAAGAAAAGCCUUUCAAGUGUAUUGAAGAUGGCUGCGAAAAGUCCUUCACCGCCAGCCAUCACCUGAAAACGCACAGGAGAACCCACACUGGCGAAAAACCCUAUUCGUGUCCCGAGGAUGACUGCUCGCGCACGUUUUCAACCUCGCACAGCCUCAAAUCGCACACCAAACGCCAUUUGAAUCAAGCCUCAAAGCGGCAAAAGGCGACAAACAAUGGCAACACAACAGACGACGAAGACACGCCAAGCGCACAAGCAUCUGAUGAGUAUGGUGCUAGCGUGACCAGUAUUUCGGCUGAAGAUGGCUCUGUGCAAGCUUACGCUAUUAUCCCACUUACGGAGAAAAAUAUUCAGACGAUUUCGGCACACGGUGUCAUGACUAUUAAGGGGUACUUGAGCAACAGCAACGAAAUCAGGCUGCAGCAGGAAAUACCAGAGCACGCGGCCAAAAUCAUGCUGCAGCUUAAAAGUGGAGAGGAACUGACUUCUAUUGCGGGCAAAGCCACUGUCACAGUUGAAACUGAUCAGGGCGUCACGCAAAUCGACAACUGGAACGGAUUUGAAAAUGGAAACCAGACUUUCCUGACCGUUUCAAAUACUAUGCCAGAUAGCAACAUGCUGAAGAACAUAACAGCAGACGCGGACAUUUGCCGUUGCGACCCUUGCCGGUGCCACGAAAUGCCAACCGACUGUCGGGGCUGCUCAAAUGACCUGCUGCGCAUUGUCAACAAUUCCCUGGACUCCACAAGCCAGCAGCCAAAGCAGACUGAGCUGGCGGAGCCAGAGCUAUCCUUGGUCAACUCACUGACGGCAGAUGAGUUUGAACAACUGCCCUCCAUUUCAUCCCAGCAGUUGGACAACCUCAGCGUGCUUGAGUUGGAGAGUGACUUGCAGCCAGAAGAGAGCGAUGAGGCGCCACUGCCGCUGACGGAGGCCGAGUCGUCGCCGGGCAUCGCCGUUCCUGUUGUGUUCAACGACUCGACGGGCAACUUUGAAUGCAUCAAGACAUCAGGGCCGCAGCACAGCAUCGCGCGCGUGUGGCGCGACUCGCCAGCGACGCAGUCCAACGGCUGUUUGUGCGGCGAAAACGAGGGCAAGGAGCCUUGCUGCGUGGUCGUGUGCCUCAAGACCUUGAAGCAAAUCAAAAAGGUAGUCAAGCAUGGGUGCUGCGUGCUGAAGCCCACUGAGCCGCCACCGCCGCCGCCCCCGCCCGAGCCAAACGGAAACGAGGAGCCCAAAGACUCAUAUUUGGAGUUUGUAGAAAUUCUAGAUCUUCCCAAUUCGGUGUUCUCGCUAGACAUUGAUGAGGACGUAGAGGAAAGUCACUAGUUGCCAAACUUUUUUGCUCUUUCUUAUUCAGGUUCGACUCUGUUUCUAAGCUUUCUUGUUGUCUUGUAUUCAUGCUCUCAUCAAUCGAUUGCCAGUAUUCAUUGGAAUGGUUCAAGCCACGUAGUCUUUCAGACAUAAUGUAAUAACAUUUAAACAAUGAAUUAUCUUUUUAAAUUUGAGUGGUGAUCGUUUUAUUAGUAUUUGUUCUAGCGACGUCCAUAUUUUUGUAACCAUCAUUCUUAAGAAACCAAGCUUUUUUCGAUGUGUAACCUUCUACCUUUUGAAUCGCGUUAAUGCAUUUCGCCAAAUUUGACGCUACUUUGGCUCCUUGUUUGACCGCAUCCUCAUAAAUCUAUUCAACUGAUGUAAAGAACAGCCUGCGCCUCUGUGUAGUCGCGCAGGCGUGCCUUACUGAUCGUUUCACGUGCCUUGACGCUUUACCCCCUUCGUUCUGAUGGAAAUAUUCUAGUGGCCAUUACGUGCCAAAUCGCAUUCUCCUCGCCUCUUGUGAUUUACAGUAGUUUCCGACGCCGUCUUAGGCAGAAUAUAUCAAAGUCUGUAAGGGAUUUAUUUUUAAUUAUCAGAGCCUCACAUUUUCUACUUCUUUGAGUGUCAAAAUAUCAAUUCCUGGGCCUGCUGUUAUGUGUUUCCUUUGAAAUUAUUUGCGAACCGCAGAUAUCAAUCUACUUAGGAGGGCUUAAGUAACGAUAUUUAUACAGUGUUUGCUAUUCAUAAUCAAAAAAUCAUAAACACCUUUCAGAAAACCAUUUAUCUGGGGGAAAUUACUAACAUCUCGACGGAUUCGCAUUCUACAGACUGACCUAAGUAGCGAUUUGUUUGCUUUCGGCCGAUUCCUAGCUCCGCAUCACGCUUCCUUUGACUUUGAUUAUGUAUUAAGCCGACGAAACUUCUACUUCAAUAAAAGGGCAUUUUGUUGUGUUUAUAUUGUUAUAAUAUAUGAUUUCGGUCUAGUGACGAGAGUGCAAGAUUUAUUUACAUGUUUACAAAUAUACACUAUAUAUGCUCUGUUGAAUCGUGCAAACUAAAUUGAAAUAAAACCGUGAUUACGUCGUUGACAUGUA